CAGGAAUAGAAGAAGAUGGGUCACCAUUCUUGCUGCAACCAACAGAAGGUUAAGAGAGGGCUUUGGAGCCCUGAGGAAGAUGAGAAACUCAUCAGAUACAUUACCACUCAUGGCUAUGGUUGCUGGAGUGAAGUUCCAGAGAAAGCUGGGCUUCAAAGGUGUGGUAAGAGUUGUCGCCUGAGAUGGAUUAAUUAUUUGAGGCCGGAUAUUAGAAGAGGAAGGUUUACACCUGAAGAGGAGAAGCUAAUUAUAAGUCUUCAUGGGGUCGUUGGCAACAGAUGGGCUCACAUUGCAAGCCACUUACCAGGUAGAACUGACAACGAAAUAAAGAACUAUUGGAAUUCUUGGAUCAAAAAGAAAAUCCGAAAGCCUUCGGUGACUUCAUCAAUGACCACUACACAAAGCGUUGAUCACUCCCAAUUCAACUACAAUUCCAAUCAACUAGAUCACUUUGGCAACCAAGAAAACGUAACAGCAAAACCACCAAUACAAGAAACCUUAUUUUCCUCGACCUGCCCCUUAUUUAUGUUUGACACUAGUUCAUUAGAUCAAGGGAUAACAACUACAGUAGACACUAAUGUACGAGCCGAAAUGUUCCAUGAAUCGGUGGGUUUGAGCACUGAAACGUGGAACAUGAGCCACCACCAAGUGCAUGCCCUUCCUCCUCAACCAGUAACAACCUUUAGUGCAGUUAUGGAUACAAUGAAUUAUCUGCCACCAUUGAUAGAGAACGUGGAAAGCAUGGUGCCAAAUAUGGAAGUACAGUCUUGUAGCAUUGACGAAGAAGGAGAAAUGGCACUGGAGUGUUUGCGGAGGCAAGAGUUGAAUAUGGAGUGGGUGGAGAAUCAACAACAAUGUCCCAACUUUCUUUUCUGGGACAACGUUGAAGGACAACUUGGAGGGGAAGAACUAGCACCAAACACGUCAAAUAUUGGAACCAAUACACUUUCACCUUUUCCUUCUUCUUUGGGUUUAUAUCAGAAGCGGCAAAGUGAGUGUUGUACCACAGCUUCUUUCCGUCGCGGCUGCACCCUAGCAAACAUGAUCAUUCCAGAGAAGAACCGUAGAGAGAUCUGCAAAUACCUCUUCCAAGAGGGAGUUUGCUAUGCGAAGAAGGACUUCAAUCUGGCGAAGCACCCAGACAUUGAUGUGCCGAAUCUGCAGGUGAUUAAGCUGAUGCAGAGCUUCAAAUCGAGGGAGUACGUGCGCGAAACAUUUGCGUGGAUGCACUAUUACUGGUUUCUCACCAACGAUGGAAUUGAGUUCCUCAGGACUUACCUCAACCUUCCCUCAGAAAUCGUCCCAGCCACUCUCAAGAAGCAGGCCAAGCCCGCUGGAAGACCAUUUGGUGGCCCACCCGGUGAUCGCCCAAGAGGCCCACCUCGCUUUGAUGGAGAGAGGAGAUUCGGUGGCGAUCGUGAUGGAUACCGUGGAGGUCCCCGUGGGCCUGGUGGAGACUUUGGAGGAGACAAGGGUGGAGCUCCAGCAGAUUACCGGCCUUCUUUUGGGGGUCCUGGCGGAAGGCCUGGCUUCGGUCGUGGUGCUGGUGGUUAUGGAGGAGGAGCACCAACUAGUUCAAACAUUCCUUAAAUAUAAUGAUUUGUGCUCUAGUUUUUGCAGUUUUGGCUGUCAUUGGAGUUAAUAGUAGUUCUCCUCUCCCAAAAGUUGUUUGAUCUUCCUGACGUUUUACUUAUUCAGUUAUUUAUGCAAUGAAGAUUUUGAAUUGAGUGUUUUUGCUAAGUAGAAUGAUAAUAUUAUUCGUGUGGAUGAUUGGUGGUAUAGAAAGUGAGAAUUUAUAGCUGAAAAUGAUUAUUUAAAUGAUUUCCUAA